CUCAGUGUUGAAGGUCAGAAAUGACAUAGAAUCUGUUCCAAAUAAAAUAUUAUUAUGUAUUGUUAACAUCUUUGAGUUCUUUAGUGAUGAAGGAAACAUAAAAUGAUACACAUUUUAUUAGUGUUUGGAUUACUUCUGAUACGAGAUAAAAUUGAAUGCAAGGUAUGUAGUGACUGCAUGGAAUUCACGAUAUGCCCAGGGGCCCUUGAAGUAUUAUCAGAAGAUGCUGAUAGUGACACUAAGCAAGACUUCCAAAAUCAGUUUUGUGGAGUAAAGUACGUAAACGGAAAGAGGAUUCUUAAGGUAUGUUGUUCAGAUUUUGUCAGACCGCCAAAUGAGGAUUUCACGGAACAUCGAAAUUUUUACCUUCUGCCGAAUAGCUGCGGAAUCAUAAAUGUGACUCCCAAUAACUCGCCGAGUGCAAAACUAUAUGAAUUUCCGUGGAUAGCUCUCAUUGGAACUGAAUAUCAAUUUGGCGAAAAAUUCGUUUGCGAUGGGGUCAUAAUAUCUUCUUAUUAUGUACUGACGUCGGCAUCUUGCGCCGACGCUCCUAUAACUUUUGUUAGAGUGGGCGACUACAAUCCUAACACUCCGAUUGACUGCAAGCCAGAUAAUUCGGAAGUUUGCGAAGAUCAUACACAGAAUAUUUUCAUUAGUGAAAUAAUAAAGCAUCCAAAAUAUGUUGGAAGUAUACCGGAUAUCAGAAACAAUUUAGCACUCCUUCAACUUCGGGAACCAAUAGACUUUUCGUUUAGAAAUGUUGCGCCAAUAUGCCUUCCGAUACAUGCAAACCUGAGUUCAGUCAAUGAAACAGGAACAGUGGUAGGAUGAUCCCAUAAUGGUAUAUAUGAGCAAAGAAAUUAUGGACAACUUCAAAAAUUUCAACACGAAAUUAAGCCUGAGACUUUGUGCAUAUCCCUUCUCUCUAGGCUGAAAGUAAACGUGACAUCGAUGGAAAACACGUUUUGUGUGAUCACAGACCCGAAUAGUGUGUGCAAUACCGUAGCAGGUGAUCCCUUUAUGAUAAUCCGUAAAUACAACCGAGUAAACCGCUACAUUUUAUAUGGAAUAUACUCACACGGUACUAAAGAAUGCAUUGGAAACGCACCAGAGAUAUUUGUGGACGUCACCAAAAUGGUUGGCUGGAUUUUGGAUACAAUUCAAGUAUAAAGAAACCAUGGAAAAAAGAUUUUAAAGAAAGCGCCAGCAGUAUCGAACAGGAAGCCUGAGUAUUAUAUAAAGCAAUGUACAGGGUUACUUGUAAAACACCGGCAACCUCGCAGGACAAGAUAGUUAACAUCAUAAGCAACAACAUUUGUUCUACGACUU